ACUGUCAUUACGGAGAUCUAAGAAAAAAAUCCGUUCUGUGCUCAUAAGGAUAACAAAGUGACGCACAGAAAAGUUUAAAGAGCAGACUGGAAGAGAGAGAGAGAGAGAGAGAGAGAGAUUUUCAUCUCAUUGUCGUUGCAGACUCUACCGGAACGCAUUCGUUCGCUGCCGUAGAAUGAUGUCGAGCAGCAAAACGACUCUUGCUUUCCUCAUCCACGGGCUCCUCGUACAAUGCAACGUGUUGAGUUACCCCAACAUCAGAACUGCAGGAUUUGACGAGGAGGGAAACUCAUUAACGGAUCUAACCUUUGACAGUGACCAGAUCACUAUUCGAAGCUCUCCUUCAGUUACUGAAGACGCAUACACGUUAUACAGUCCUCCAUCGAAAAGGGGAGCAAGCAUGAUAGAGGACGACAAUGAGCCGCUCUCAAAGCGCCACUCGGACGGGGUUUUCACGGACAGCUACAGUCGCUACCGGAAGCAAAUGGCCGUAAAGAAGUAUCUGGCCGCAGUCCUUGGCAAAAGGUAUAGACAGAGAUAUAGAAGCAAAGGACGGUGGCUCGCCUAUUUGUAG